AUGAGAUAUCUACCUAUGAAAGCUCUCCUGAUUUGCCUUGGCGUCAGCUUUGGCUGCGGCUUUGCGGCUAGGUUACCUGUCAGGCAGGAUGCAGUUACCGUUACCCAGACAAUCACGGACUCGGGUCCGAAGCCCACAUCUUACAACUGGGCUGCCGGCGCAACAGAACAAUACCCGAUUCACAGUUCCUGUAACGCCACAGAACGCUCUCUCUUGUCUAGGGGCAUCAAUGACGCCAUAAAGCUUGCCGACCACGCGAAGAAGCAUGUGCUCCGCUUCGGAAACAGCUCAGAUAUCUAUACCAAGUAUUUUGGCAUGGCACCGACGGCGGAAGUUAUCGGAUGGUACGACAAGAUAGUGAGCGCGGACCGCGGCGGAAUCUGGUUUCGCUGCGAUGACGUUGACGGUAACUGUCACCAAGAUGGCUGGGGAGGGCACUGGCGUGGAGAGAACGCUACCCAGGAAACAGUUAUCUGCCCCCUUUCCUACACGACCCGGAUGCCGCUCGAGGGGCUCUGUGGAUACGGAUAUUCCGUGGCGGCAGGGAAGCUCAACUUCUACUUCGGAUCCGACCUAAUCCAUCGCUUGUACCAUCUCCCGGCCAUUGGAGAAGGAAUCGUCGAGCACUACGCCGAUAGCUAUAGCGAAUGCCUUGAGUUAGCGAUCAGUAAUCCAACAGAAGCGGCGCGAAACUCGCAUACCUUGCAGUACUUUGCGCUAGAUGUUUAUGCAUUCGACAUCGCAGUCCCUGGGGAAGGAUGUACAGGGCGAGCUCCUCAGUCGGAGUCUUCUGCUACACAGCCAGCAACGACGAUGUCGAAUUCAGUUCCAACCUCAACUACCACAGCAGCUACCGAAUGUCAUACUCACGCCGAUGGAACUGAGCAUUGUACAUAG